AGUGUAGAAAGGAACGUAACUGAGCAUAUAGAGUACAAUAAAAAAAAUGAAUAGCUAGAAAAUUCUCGAACGAACACGUUUUUGCAAUCGACUGCUGCACAGAGGUAUAGAAUGGUAUAGAAAACCGAAGGUUCUCGCUGUCUCACAGUAGUAGCUUCAGACGUCAUACGAUUUUUGUGAACUAAACUUGUGCUCAGACUCGCGUGCGUAAAUCGCAUUUAUAAGUGAUACUAGAAAAUAUCUACCUGGUUCAGUAUAGUCGUGUUAUAUCAAGGAACAAAAAGUUAUUGAAGGUGUCAAAAUGGUGAAGGAAACAACAUACUAUGAUAUUCUUGGAGUGAAACCCAAUUGCACGUCUGAUGAAUUGAAGAAGGCAUAUCGGAAGCUAGCUCUCAAGUAUCAUCCUGACAAAAAUCCAAAUGAGGGUGAACGUUUCAAGCAAAUAUCACAAGCUUAUGAGGUCCUUUCAAAUCCAGAUAAAAGGAAAAUUUAUGAUCAAGGUGGUGAGCAAGCAUUGAAGGAAGGUGGAGGUGGUGGCAGUGGUUUCUCUUCCCCCAUGGACUUGUUUGACAUGUUCUUUGGUGGAGGCUUCAGUGGGGGCCGACGCCGUGGACGCGAGAGGAAGGGCAAGGAUGUCAUUCAUCAAUUGUCGGUGACCCUGGAAGAACUUUACAAAGGUGCUGUACGAAAACUUGCCUUACAGAAGAGUGUUAUUUGUGAAAAAUGUGAAGGUAGAGGAGGAAAAAAGGGGGCUGUACAAGUUUGUCCAACUUGCAGAGGGACGGGAAUGCAAUUCCAGAUACAACAGCUUGGCCCUGGUAUGAUCCAACAGAUCCAGACUAUGUGUACUGAGUGCAGAGGUCAGCGGGAAAUUAUCGACCCCAAAGAUCGCUGCAAAGUUUGUCAAGGACGCAAAACAGUGCGCGAUAGGAAGAUUCUUGAAGUUCAUGUAGAUAAGGGUAUGUCAGAUGGGCAGAAGAUUGUUUUUGGUGGUGAAGGUGACCAGGAACCUGAGCUGGAGCCUGGAGACCUUAUUAUUGUUUUAGAUGAGAAGGAGCAUGAUGUGUUCAAAAGAUCUGGCAAUGAUCUUAUUAUAAGACUUAAUAUUGAACUAGUUGAAGCUUUAUGUGGCUUUCAGAAGGUUAUUAGAACUUUGGAUGAUAGAGAUAUUGUCAUCACAGUAUUACCUGGGGAGGUUACUAAGCAUGGUGAAGUGAAAUGUGUUUUGAAUGAAGGUAUGCCAAUUUACAAGAAUCCAUUUGAGAAGGGACAACUUAUUAUACAAUUUUUAGUCAAUUUCCCCAAUAGCAUUCCACAUGAAGUCAUUCCAGCAUUGGAGAACUGUCUUCCGCCUAGACCGAGGGUGGAAAUCCCCGAACUAGCAGAGGAGUGCAUGUUGAUGGACCUAGACCCCGAGCAAGAGUCUCGGCGCCGGCGCGCUGCGCAGGGUCACGCCUACGAAGAGGAUGACGACCACCCCGGCGUCAACCGCGUGCAGUGCGCUACGGGCUAGCGGCCGCUACCGAUACACGCCGUUACUCAAGCUAUCUACUAUCAUAUGCAAGAAGCUUAACGAACCAAACGGUGUAAUUGCAUUAUAAAAUUUAGUACAAUUUUUUUUUCAAUAAAUUAAUUUUUUGCGUCUUUUCAUCUAUCAUUUAUAUAUCAUCUACAAGCAAAAAAAGUUAUAUAAGAUCAGUUUGAGAUAUGGUCUGGAAUUUGGUGUUUCAGCAUUUUCUCCUACUGUAAUAAGAUAUGUUGCAGUUACCCCUUUUCGUUCGCCAACUCCUCUAUCGCAGUUAUACAUCCUAUGAUAUUUAUACAACAUAUUAUCGCCAUUUCACCAACUAAAUAAUAUUAUCAAUACAUAUGGUACCAGAAUUCAUGUUGAUUAGGUCGAUUUUUGUAUGUAAUGUGAUGUAUGCGUUUGAUAUUUAAGCUAUUGUCACUGUGAUUUUCAUGUUUAUUGUAGAGAAAUAAUAAAACUAGCAUAAUGUACUUCGACAUAUUUUGUUUGUAUAGAAUCAAUGUAGAAGAAAUCGUUUUCACUGCUGAGCUCCGUUUGACCAAAUACAAAACAAAAUGUUUAGGUCUGCCAAUAUCAAAAAUAUAAAUCAUGGGCAUGGUUUAGUUUUAAAUUAAUUCAACUGCUUAAAUAUUAGAGUAAUGCCGACUAUAAUUAUAAAUAAACACUUCUCAAAAU